GUGUGCGUGUGUGUGCGCGCGCGCAUGUGUGUGUGUUUUAAGGAAAAAAGCCCACAGUCCAGUCCAGUCAGACCCAGCCUGGGAGGCUUGUGAGCCGGCCUUUCGUAAUUGCCCCCUCCCCGCGGCCCCCUCCCCGAGGCCUCCCCCUUCUCCCGCCCUCCCGCCCGCCCUCUCUCCCUCCCUCCUUCCCUCGCAGCCGACGAGGCAGCAAUUACGCUUUGGGGAUAAAACGAGGCGCAGAGAGCGGGCUGGGGCAUUUCUCCCCGAGAUGGCGGGUCUGACAGCUGCAGCCCUGCGGCCAGGAGUCCUCCUGCUCCUGCUGUCCAUCGUCCACCCCUCGCAGCCUGGAGGGGUCCCAGGGGCUAUUCCUGGUGGAGUUCCUGGAGGCGUCUUCUACCCAGGAGCUGGUCUAGGAGGCCUGGGAGUAGGAGCACUGGGCCCUGGAGGCAAACCACCCAAGCCAGGUGUUGGAGGGCUCGCAGGCGCUGGCCUUGGGGCAGGGCUCGGGGCCUUUCCUGCAGGCGCCUUCCCCGGGGCUCUGGUGCCCGGUGGCGCGGCUGCAGCAGCCUAUAAAGCUGCUGCCAAGGCUGGUGCUGGGCUUGGUGGUGUUGGCGGUAUUGGCGGCAUUGGUGGCUUAGGAGUGUCUACAGGUGCGGUGGUGCCUCAGCUUGGAGCAGGAGUCGGAGCUGCAGGGAAGCCUGGGAAAGUGCCAGGUGUGGGGAUCCCAGGUGUAUACCCAGGUGGAGUGCUCCCAGGCACAGGAGCUCGCUUCCCAGGUAUAGGGGUUCUUCCUGGGGUUCCCACUGGAGCAGGAGUCAAGGCCAAGGCCCCAGGUGGAGGUGGAGCUUUUGCUGGAAUCCCAGGAGUUGGACCCUUUGGGGGUCAGCAGCCUGGAGUCCCGCUGGGGUACCCCAUCAAGGCACCCAAACUACCAGGUGGCUAUGGACUGCCCUACAGCACUGGGAAGCUGCCCUAUGGCUAUGGGCCCGGAGGAGUGGCUGGUGCCGCGGGCAAGGCUGGGUACCCGACUGGGACAGGAGUUGGCACCCAGGCGGCGGCAGCAGCAGCAGCUAAAGCAGCAAAGUUUGGUGCUGCAGGAGCCGGAGUUCUCCCUGGGGUUGGUGUUGGCGUUCCUGGCGUGGCUGGCGCGAUUCCUGGCAUUGGAGGCAUCGCAGGGGCUGGGGCUCCAGAUGCUGCUGCUGCUGCUGCUGCUGCAAAGGCGGCUGCUAAGGCAGCCAAAUAUGGAGCUGCUGGAUUGGUGCCUGGGGUGCCAGGCUUUGUCCCAGGAGUUGGAGUCCCUGGUGUUGGGGUCCCAGGAGUUGGAGUCCCAGGAGUUGGAGUCCCAGGAGUUGGAGUCCCAGGUGUUGGAGUCCCAGGGGCUGUGUCACCAGCUGCAGCUGCUAAAGCAGAGGCCAAAGCAGCCAAAUACGGGGCCAGAGCCGGGGUGGGAGUUGGAGGCAUUCCCACUUUUGGGGUUGGCCCUGGGGGCAUUCCUGGCUUCGGUGUCGGUGUUGGAGGUGUUCCUGGAGCUGGCAUUUCCCCUGCAGCCCAGGCAGCCGCCGCAGCCAAGGCAGCCAAGAUUGGUGCUGCAGGGGCCCUGGGAGGACUGGUGCCAGGUGCCGCAGGAGCAAUACCCGGUGUGCCAGGCGUUGGAGGGGUGCCAGGAGUGGUGACUCCAGCAGCUGCCGCCGCUGCCAAAGCAGCUGCCAAAGCAGCCCAGUUUGGGUUAGGCCCUGGCGUUGGUGUGCCUCCUGGUGUUGGUGUGGCUCCUGGCGUUGGUGUGGCUCCCGGUGUUGGUGUGGCUCCUGGCGUUGGCAUUGGCCCUGGCGGUGUUAUAGGAGCAGGGGUCCCAGCUGCAGCCAAAUCCGCUGCUAAGGCAGCCGCCAAAGCCCAGUUCCUGCCUGGACCCCUGGCUGCAGCUAAAGCAGCCAAAUAUGGAGCAGGAGGGAUUGGGGCCCUCGGAGGGCUUGGAGACCUUGGUGGAGCCGGUAUCCCAGGUGGUGUGGCAGGAGUUGGACCCGCUGCUGCUGCUGCUGCUGCCAAAGCCGCCGCCAAAGCCGCCCAAUUUGGCCUGGGGGUACCCGGUGGGCUCGGAGUCGGAGGACUGGGAGUUGGAGGUCUUGGGGCCGGUGGAAUUGUCCCAGGGGUUGGGCCCUUUGGAGGUGUGUCCCCAGCUGCAGCAGCUAAAGCAGCCAAAUACGGAGUUGCAGCAAGGCCUGGCUUCGGACUGUCUCCUAUUUUCCCAGGUGCUGGAGCCGGGGGCCUGGGAGUUGGUGGUGGGGCCUGCCUGGGGAAAUCCUGUGGCCGGAAGAGAAAGUGAGCGUCCCAGGACCCCUGACUCACGACCUCAUCAACGUUGGUGCUACUGCUUGGUGGAGAAUGUAAACCCUUUGUGACCCCCUCCUUCCUUCCGUCCCAUGCCCCCUCCUAAGUUCCCGCCCCGGGAGGGGUCGGGGCAGGCCGGGCGGCCUCAGAAAUCCACAGGGCAAGGAAACAAGAGAAUGGUGGCCAAGUGGGCCCGGGGAGGCCCCCACCUUCAGAGGCAAGGGGUGGGUGGGCUUGGCCCCCUGCCCCCACCCCCUUCCCACCCAGGAGCUCCCCCUCCACACACUCUCCAUCUCCAGGGGAACUUGGUGCUACGUGCUGGUGCUCUCAUCUUCCUGCGGGGAGGGAGGAGGGAAGGGCAGCCCCUUAGGGAAUCCCCUCCCUGGGGCUCCUCUGAAGAUGGUGCAGACACUUCCUGGGCAGUCUCACCUCCCCCUGCCCACCAUGACCCACCUCUGGCUGUGGUCCAGUUGGUACCCAAGCAUCGAAACCCUCAAGCUGGAUUCGGUCACACCAUCUCUUGGCCCCCAUGGCCCCCUCUCCCCCACCAAUCGCUAUUCCCCAAUGUCUGGGGACAUUCAGGUCGGAAGACACCCCCCUCCAUUGGAAAUAGCCCUCUUGCUCUUGUGGAAUUUAUCCACCCAUCUGUCCAUACGUCCAUCCGUCCUUGUCCCCAUUUGGUUGCCUGGCACCACUAGCUGGCUGGGCGCCCCCAUCAUCAACUUGGUUAACCUGUCAUGGCAGCCUGUGCCCGGCCUCCGCCCCACCACACACACCCCUACGAAGGAGCCCUGAUCCCAGGGUGUGAGGGGCUGUGCCGGCUGGGGCAGCAGGAAUCUCCCCCCAACCUGGGUUUCCCCCCACGCAGUACUGUAUCCCCUGUCCCUCCCUCGAGCCACUGUACUUCAGAGCAUCCCCCCGCCCCGCCCAUCUCUUUGUGUCUCGCUGUGAUAGAUCAAUAAAUAUUUUAUUUUUUGUCCUGGA